AAACUUUUUACUUUACUUUUCACUUCUCCUUCCCACUCCCUCUCUUUUCCUCUCUCUCUUUCUCUCUCUGAUUUACACUUUAACGCAUUUAUAAUCAUGCCUCUGGUCACUCCACCUACACUGGUCGAUGAGGAUGGUGCAUUAACUCAAGAAUGUGAAGAUGCACUCGUGGCUAUUUUCAAAAAAUAUGACUCGGACAAAGAUGGCGCAUUGAGUAACAAAGAGCUGGACGCGUUUGCCAAGGACACUAAUGGUGAUGUGUUUGACGAAGACACUCGCACUGAGAUCAAAGAAUUUCUUGAUUUGGAUGAUAAGGGCCAGUUGACACUCAAAGGAUUUUUACAAAUGUACAAUCUUCAGACAUCCAGUGAGCCUCAGGAGACAUGGAAAGAUCUCCAGAAACAUGGAUACGAUACAAAGCUUAAAUUGGUUGCAUCCCGGCGUGAGGACAAUGAGGAAAAGAUCAAACCAACUCAGAAUAGCAUUGCUACUCCUUUGAAAAACUAGUCAGAAAGGAAUCCAAGUC